AUGGAUCAGGACAGCAGUGAUGAAGAGGGGGAAGGCUCCAAGUUGGGCCGCAAGGAGCACUGGGACGAGACGUAUGCCCUAGAAUUGGAUAAUCUUCAGGAGCAUGGGGACGAAGGGGAGAUCUGGUUUGGAGAGGACGUAAUGGACAUGAUGGUAGGCUGGACAGAGGAAUUGGUGCACAGAGAAUACCCCUCACAGGCCUCGGACGUAGCAAUCUUGGAUGUCGGGACCGGCAAUGGCGUGUUGCCCCUGCAGCUUGCUCACCUCGGAUUCACCAACCUGACCGGCAGUGACUACAGCGCUGCAGCCAUUAAGCUGGCGGCUGCAGUGGCAGAGCGGCGCGGUGUGCGGUCUGUGAAUUGGGUUGUGGACGAUCUCCUGCACAGCAGCAUUUCUGACAGGUUCGAGGUGGUCACAGACAAGGGCACGUUUGACGCAGUGGGCCUCUCCCAGGAUGCAGCAGCCAACAGGAAGUUGUACAUCACUGCAGUCAGCUCGCUGCUGAAGUCUGGGGGUCUCUUAGUCAUCACAUCUUGCAACACCACCCGGGAGGAGCUCACUGCCGAGUUCUGCGGCAGCAGGGCGGGUGGGGGAAUUUUUGAGUAUGUAGACCAUGUACGGACAUACCCAAUGUUUCGGUUUGGCGGGGUCGAGGGCAGCAGAGUGUGCACGGUUGCGUUCAGACGCAUCUAA